AACUUCAACAUGCAUUCGCAUCUGUACUGGGUAACUAAAUUAUGUUGGCUGCUGGUAUUCAACCUGGUUUCUAUGCAACGUUCCACACAAGGAAUCCCUUCUUUUUCACCCAAUGAGUGUGAGCCCGGCAAUUCAGUGGAUCCCAGAGAGUGUGCCAAUGGCGCAUUCAACUUGAAUAUGAACCGCACAGAUUGCGAGCCUCGCAUGGUUUGUUACAGGAAUAUAGGUGAGCCUUGCCAUGAGCUUGGCACCAGCAGCAAUUGUUUGCCAUCUCUGGUUUGUAAUUGUUUUAAGUGCAGUGAAGUACUUAGUGAUCUAUGCCGCAAAAAGUUGCCACCGAUAUUGAAUAUGUCAAAGCGUACAAAAAAACUUUACACGGAGUAUAUGUAUUAAGAUGUCGUUGGACGACGAAACACAAAAGAAAUUUGAACGGACAGAGAUGAAUGGGAUAUACCAAAGAACUUACGCCGAAACUUAAUAUACAAUUAUAUAAUAACGGAUACUAAUCUAAAUGCCAUGCUAAAAUAUGUUAAAGACUUUUAUUCUGCAUUGUGAAUGAUACUAACCAUCAGUACUGAUAUAUUCUUAAGUAUGAAG